AUGUGGAAACUCAAAGUCUCAGAGGGGGCCCCCGACGACCCAUGGUUGAGUUCCGCUUACAACUUUCUCGGCAGGGCAGUUUGGGAGUUUGAUCCUGAUCUAGGCACAACGGAGGAACGCACCGAGGACGAGAGGGUGCGCAAGGAGUUCACUGAGCAUGACCUGCGAUGCACGACUUAA